AAUGCAGCUUCCUGCUGUUAUAUAUUUGAACUGCCCAAUGCGAUAAUACGCGUCGCGUCUCGUCUCUGAAACAACCAAAGCAAAGCCAACAGUGAAAACCCAGAAAGGGCCAGAGAUGAGAACACUUUCGUGUGAUCUUCUUCUGCUCCUCCAUAUUUUUGCUAUCUCUCUCUUAUUUUCACGCUCUUCUCGUGCCUACUCUGACCUUGAACUUCUGUUGAAGCUCAAGUCCUCCAUGAUCGGCCCGUCUGGCUCAGGACUCGAUGACUGGGUUUCAGACUCCCCAUCUUCAUCUCCCACCUCGCAUUGUUUUUUCUCUGGAGUUUCAUGUGACGAGCACUCACGAGUCACCUCUCUCAAAAUCUCUUCUCUCCCUCUGUUCGGAACCAUUCCGCCGGAGAUUGGCCUUUUCACCAGUCUAAUCAAUCUCACUCUCGUCGCCGACAAUCUCACCGGUCAUUUACCGAUUGAGAUGUCGAAAUUAACCGCUAUCAAGUUCAUAAACCUCUCAAGCAACACCUUCAUCGGUGAGUUCCCCGGAGAAGUCGUUGCCACCAUGUCGGAGCUUGAAUCGCUCGACGUGUACAACAACAACUUCACCGGGAAGCUCCCGACGGAGUUUGCGAAGCUGAAGAAACUGAAAACUCUUCAUCUCGGCGGAAACUUCUUUUACGGCGAGAUUCCGGAGGCUUUUACUGAGAUACAGAGCUUGGAGAGCUUAGGGUUACAGGGAAACGAACUUACCGGGACCAUUCCGGCGAGUCUGGCUCGGCUGUCGAAUCUUCAAGAACUCUGUCUCGGUUACUUUAAUCAGUACGAAGGAGGUAUUCCUCAUGAGUUAGGAUUGAUGACAAAUCUCCGACUCCUUGAUCUCGGUGGCUGUAACGUCUCCGGUGAGAUUCCUGCGAGUCUGAGCAAUUUGAAGAUGCUUCACACUCUGUUUCUCCAAUUCAAUCAACUCACAGGUCUCAUUCCUCCAGAACUCGCCGGUUUAGUCAGUCUCAAAUCACUCGAUCUUUCCGUUAAUUUUCUCACCGGAGAAAUACCGAAGAGCUUCUCUGAAUUGCAGAACCUUACGCUAAUCAAUCUGUUUCGCAACAAUCUUGAGGGUCCAAUCCCUUCGUUCAUCGGAGAUCUCCCGAAUCUCGAGGUCUUGCAGAUUUGGGAGAACAAUUUCACGUUGGAGCUGCCGGCGAACCUUGGCCGUAAUGGAAAGCUGUUGAGGC